AUGGCGGAUUCUAAUAAAUCCGCACGAGCAGUCACAGAUGUCGCCGAACCGGAACCAUUUGACAAAAUCGACGCAGCCCAUGUCGAAGAAAUAGUUCUUGCUCGCUUGACAGAGGAGGAUGUCUGGAAGAUAUCGCAGGAGGCCUUGAACGUCUGGUCUUGGGCCGGAUUUCGACUUUGUUUGAUUAUGUUUGUCCAGGGAUGUAAUCAAGCGGGCUAUGGAAUUGAUUGGGGCGUCAUUGGCGGUAUCAAUGCUUUCCCAGCACUUCACAGCUAUUUCGGCUUUGGAACCUCCGGCGGUGUUGUCGGAACAAUCACAGCGUUGAUGUCUGUGGGUAACAUUGCCGGAGCGCCUUUUCUUUCACUUGCAGACGUUAUCGGGCGACGUGGCAUCAACUUUAUUGGGAACCUAAUAGUCAUUGCGGCCGCGGUUUUGCAGGGCUGUGCUCCUAAUAUUAAGGUGUUGAUGGCUGGCCGAUUUCUUCUGGGCUUCGGAUCAGCCAUGAUGUCUAGUUCUCAAUACAUGGGCGAGAUAGCGCCUGUUCAUCUUCGAGGUCGUUUGGUCGGCAUAUUUGGCGCAUGUUUCCAAGUUGGAAGUCUGGUGAUGGGCGGAGUAAUGCUCGGUUUGGCGAACAUCCCAGGCAAUUGGUCAUGGCGCGUACCAUUUCUGCUUGAAGCAUUGUUUCCUCUUAUCGUCUGUCUUACAAUUUUCUUCCUCACCCCCGAGAGCCCUCGUUACUACGUAAUGCGUGGCCAGAUCGAGAAGGCAAAGCAAGUUAUUGCUAAGUAUCAUACGACAAGUGGGGACGUGAAUGAGCCUAUCGUUGGCAUCGUCAUCAAACAGAUGGAAGAGUCAUUGGAGAAUGAAAGAGCUGGCUUCCGCAACUUCUGGGACUACCGUGUGUUCUUCACAAAGGCUGUUCGUUACCGUCUACUUGUCUUGGUUCUUUACUCCGUCUUUCAGCAGUGGAACGGUGGAGGUAUCAUUAGCUAUUAUAUGGUCCCUGCGUUGGAAACUGUCGGUAUCGAUGGAAAAAUGCCUCAACUUGGCAUCUCACUUGGAACAACAGCGACAUAUUUUGUCUUUACGGCAGUGGGAUCAUUUUUGGUGGACAAAAUACGCCGACGAACGCUGAUAUUCUCGGGACUGAUAAGUAUCAUCAUCUUUCAAACUGCUGCAACAAUCACAUCCUGGCGGUACUCUUUGGUACCCAGCCAUGCAGCAGCUGGAUUGACUAUCUUUUGGAUCUUCAUGUUCCAGACGUUCUCCUCUUUGCUUAUUGCCACAAUGCACAACCUGUAUCCCGUCGAGAUUCUAUCCCUUGCCCUGCGCGCCAAAGGAAUGGGCUUGUAUGGCCUAAUUCAAGGCGCAGCUGGAGCAGUGCAAACAUAUGGUAUCGGCGUUGGGAUCAAUAAGCUUGGCUAUAAGAUUUGGGUGGUCUACAUUGUUUACAAUUGUGUGCAACUGGGACUAUCAUACCUCAUAUUCCCCGAGACAUUCGGACUCUCGCUGGAAGAGAUUGAUGCCGUUUUUGAGACUAAAGGCGUUCCGCCGGUCAAGAUGUCCUUGGAGAUCCAGAAAGCCAAGAAGCUUCGAGAGCGAAUGGGCCGGAGUGAGGUUAUUUAG